AUGGGGCCGCAGACCCCGUGUGUGCAGCUGCCCCCGAACGGGGGCUCCCGGGCGCCCGGCCCCGCGCUCGGCUCCCGCAGGGGCCGUACGCGGUGGCAGCCCGUGCCCCCCCCCUCCUCCGGCGCCUUUUCCUCCAGUCCCCCCGGCAGAGCUGGACGGGGCGCGCAGCUUCCUGGAAUCCGGCGCCGCGUUCCAACCCCGCGCGGAGCGGCCAAGUCCGGCCCCGCGUCCUCCGCCCAGACCGGGGGCGGCCCAGGGGAGCGGGCGGACGGACGGACGGACACGCGGAGCCCGGCCAGGCCGCACCUCGGGCUCAGCGCCGCCCCAGCGCGAGGCCCGGACCCCCCCGGCGCUGCGCCGCUCCCGUGGCACCGCGGGGUUCCGCUCGCCGCCCCGCAGCCCCGAACCCGCGGCGCUUCCUGCCGCGCGAUGGCAGCGCCGGAUGUGACACGGAGCGGUGGGGCCGCCGCCCUGCGCGUCUGUGUGUCCCCGCUGCCCCCGCCGACUCCCCCCAGGUUCCGCGGGGGCACCGGGGCCGUGCCCCCCCCCCUCGCUGCCCCCCCCGGCACUGCCCGGCACGCCCGCGCCCGCAGCUUCCCCUCGCCGCUCUCGAUUCCCAGGACGCGCGGUUUCGGUUCGGUUCGGCCCCGUGUCCUCGCGUCCCCUGUGACACUGCCGGCCCCCCAGCACCCCCCGCCCUCCGUAACCCCGCGCAGAGGACGCCGCCACCCGCACCCCACGCGCACACCGCCGUGA